CAAAUAUACCAGACUCACCUCAUCGUUGCGCCGCUAAUCGUUUCGCAUCUACCGCCCUGUCUUUUGCUUUAUAUAAGGUGAAUCCUCGAAUAUUUUGAUAGCAACGCACCUACACGGACCUUUCAACUAUGGGUCAAUCGCCUUCCGUCUCAGUCGAACACGCCCGCCUUAUCUUCUCUCGGAGCAGUCUCAGCAAUAAUACCAUCCAAUGCGACGCCUUGGGCAUUCAUUAUCAGCUCUCAACACCCAAAGAAUGGAAGAACACACGUAUUACGACAGUGUCUAGAUGGGACCCGCACCAGGGGAAGGACGUACCUGUUGCUGAAUGGCAGAAAAAAAACUUUGGAUCCGAUCGAGUUCGAUUUACCUCUAAUUGUCCGUCGAUUGUAGAUGGUACGGAGUCUGAGGAUGGAUUUGUACCGAUCGACUCGUUCUUUCCUCGUACGGGUGGAUUCGUGGGUUCGGCUUAUCUCCAACGGUCGUUCACUGUCAACGGGGUAACAUACACUUGGAAGGCUCGUGUGGACGGGGACGCGCUAUACCGUGGGGACGAGGACGUCCCAAUAGCAACGUUGGCUGGAAGACGGUGGCUUGUUAACCAACGAAUGCCAUAUAUCGCGGUUGGGCCAGGUUGCGAAGACAUUCUUGACCAAUUGUUAGUUACGUGCCUGUAUAUUGAGCAGAAGAGAAGGGAGGUUAAAGAAGGCGACGACUCAUAACUGGCGCGCGCAAGUGGUAACCCAUGAGCUGAAUUAUAGACUUCGCGGUCAUAGGACUUGUUUCAAAUUCUAUCCCCUCGCAUUUGAAUUUUGUACUGGC